AUGAUAGAGGACCCUAAUCAAAAUUUGAAGCAGUUUCUUCAACUCUGUGAUGCUUUCAAGUAUAACGGGGUGAGUGAUGACGCUAUUCGUCUUCGGCUGUUCCCCUUUUCUUUGAUUGAUAAUGUUUUUUCCUGGUUAGACUUGCAGGCACUAGGAUCUAUCACGACAUGGGAUGAACUCGCUGGAAAGUUCUUGCAGAAGUUUUUCCCAAUCAGUAAAGCAAAAGGGGUUGAUGCAAACGUACGAUCUGGAUUAGAUGGAGCAGCAGGAGGAGCCCUUAUGAACAGGACGUACGAGGACGGGUACGAAAUUAUUGAAAAUAUGGCAUUCAACUCCUGUCAAUGGCCGAAUGAACGAUUCACAUAUGGCCUGAAACCUGUUACGGUCAAAGCUAUUCAAGAGGAUGAUAAGUAUCAACAAAUAGUGGAUAGUCUCAACCGUAUCGAAUCUGCUUCUACACCGUCUAUGCAUGGAGGAGACAAGUCACUCUUCCAUUAA